CCAGAGUGUCGUAGUUCCAAAGAGGCCCAGCCAGGGGGCAGAGUGGCCUGAGGGGGUACCUUUGCUCGCACCUUGUGCCCUAAUGGCACGAGGGCAGCUGAGUGCGGGAAAGAGAGGGUGUCAUUUGUUCCCUCCCCCUCAGUGCUCUGCACGGACACUGGUCCACAGAGCCUGCUGGAGAUGCAGGGCGCCAGGCUGCCACCACCAGCGUACCGUGCCCUGCAGCUGCACUUCCACUGGCGGGGGCCCCGGGUGAGCAGGCUCAGAGCACAGCCUGGACGGGCAGCACCACCCCAUGGAGGGGCCUCCGUGAACCUGGCGUCCACCUUCCCGCUGGCCUCGCUGCUGCUGGGCGCCUCUGGCCUCUCGCGCUUCUACCGCUACGCGGGGUCGCUGACCACGCGGUGCUGCGAGCCCGUGGUGCUCUGGACGGUCUUCGAGGACGCGGUCCCCAUCGGGCGCGCGCAGGUGGCCCAGUUCCGGAUCGUGGCCCAGGCCGGGCCCCCCCCCCCCCCCCCCGGCUCCCGCCCCGCGCCGCUCACGGAGGACUUACGGCCGCAGCAGCCUCUCGGCUUACGCAGGGUUGUAGCUUUCCCCAGCGCCUCGGUCCGCGCGGCAGCCCCCACCCCGGCCCGAGGGCACGGGGCUCUCCUGGGCCUGGGGCUCAGCCUGUGGCUCUGA